GAGUCUUUCUGUCUUAUCCUUCGACUCUUGCUUCAACUGUGUAUCUUUCAAGCUAUUUUGUUGGUCCAUCUUUCUCAACCAAGUUCACCAAUUGAACCCAAUAACCAGCCAUGGCAUUCUCUCCAACCACAAUUUCUGCAAUUUCUUUCACGAACCCGACACUCUCCAAAAGGCCUUAUUCACCUUCUUCUUCUUCUUCUCUAAACCCAAAAGCCAUGGCCAAAGAAGUUUACUUCAACCAUGACGGUUCAGUCACAAAGAAGCUUCAGGCAGGGGUGGACAUGGUGGCAGAGCUUGUUGGAGUCACAUUGGGUCCAAAAGGAAGAAAUGUGGUUCUGCAAAAUAAGUAUGGACCGCCUAAGAUUGUAAAUGACGGCGAGACUGUUCUCAAACAGAUUGAAUUGGAGGACCCUGUGGAGAAUGUUGGAGUUAAAUUGGUAAGGCAAGCUGGAGCUAAAACAAAUGAUCUUGCUGGUGAUGGUUCUACAACAUCUGUGGUUCUUGCUCGAGGUCUUAUUGCUGAGGGUGUAAAGGUUAUUGCAGCUGGCAUGAACCCUGUUCAAAUUGCUCGUGGGAUAGAGAAGACAGCAGAUGCUCUUGUUUCUGAACUCAAAAUGAUGUCUAGAGAGAUUCAGGAUCAUGAGCUUGCAGAUGUUGCUGCAAUUAGUGCAGGGAAUGAUUAUACAGUGGGAAAUAUGAUUGCAGAUGCUUUUAACCGAGUAGGAAAAAGGGGUGUUGUCACAAUUGAAAAAGGAAAGAGUACUGAGAACAGUCUACAAAUUGUAGAAGGGAUGAAGUUUGAUCGUGGAUACUUGUCUCCAUACUUUGUCACUGAUCGACAAAAGAUGCUAGUGGAGUAUCAUAAUUGCAAGUUACUUUUGGUUGACAGAAAAAUUAUAAACGCAAAGGAGUUGUUUAAAUUAUUGGACAGUGCUGUUAAAGAGAAGUAUCCAAUUGUCAUAGUUGCAGAGGACAUUGAUAAGGAAGCUCUGGCUCCAGUAAUUAGAAAUAAGCUCAAAGGAGUGUUGCAGGCAGCUGCUAUUAAGGCUCCCGCCUUUGGAGAGCGCAAGAGCCAGUACUUAGAUGACAUUGCCAUCUUAACUGGAGGCACUGUAAUCAGAGAUGAGAUGGGUUUGACCCUUGAUAAGGUUGGCAAGGAAGUGUUGGGCAUUGCCACCAAAGUUGUGAUAACUAAAGAUUCUACAUUAAUUGUGACCGAUGGCAGCACUCAGGGAGCUGUUGAGAAAAGGGUUUCUCAAAUCCAACGGCUUUCUGAGAAUACCGAAGAGAAUUCCCAAAAGAAGAUACUGAAUGAAAGAAUAGCAAGGUUAUCAGGGGGAAUUGCUAUUCUUCAGGUAGGAGCACAAACACAAGUGGAGUUAAAGGAUAAACAACUCAGAAUUGAGGAUGCUUUAAAUGCAACCAAGGCAGCAAUUGAGGAAGGCAUUGUAGUUGGUGGUGGAUGUAGCCUUUUGAGAUUAUCAACAAAGGUGGAUGAUAUCAAAGAAGGUUUGGAUAAUGAAGAACAGCAGAUUGGAGCUGAGAUAUUCAAGAGAGCUUUAAGUUAUCCUGUAAAACUGAUAGCCAAAAAUGCAGGUGUAAAUGGCAGUGUUGUUGUAGAGAAUAUUCUAUCCAAUCAUAAUACAGAAUAUGGAUAUAAUGCUGCAAGAGACUGUUAUGAGGACCUUGUGAAAGCUGGGAUCAUGGAUCCAUCAAAGGUAGUUAGAUGUUGUUUGGAGCAUGCGGCAUCUGUGGCCAAGACUUUUCUGACAUCUAAUGCUGUUGUAGUCGACAUAAAAGAAUUAGAGCCCAUCCGAAGGAGGAUGCCAAUGCCAACAGCAACGCCAAGGUCAAUGUCAAUGCCAAUGCCAAUGCCGAGUUCAAUGCCCAUGCCAAAGCCAAUGACAAGGCCAAUGACAAGGUCUAUGCCAAGGCCAGGCUCAGGACUUGGACCAAUUGGCUUCUAGCUCAGCAAAAGAGAUUGACAUGGCAAUCACACUGUUCAUCUCUCAAACCCUUCUUCCAUACAUCCUUGAGAAAAGUUCCGAAGAAAAAUAUGGAAGAGUUUUUAAAAAUAUGUAUAAAGUUUGUCCUUAAUUCUCUUAUAACUGGGUAAAGAAUGCAAUUUUGGGGAGUGAUUAGAGGAAUAUAAGGAUUUUUGCUCAACUAAGAUUUCUAUUGAUGAAGGAACCUCUUUGGACGAUGUAAAUAUGAUAAACUAGCUGAUUCUUAGCUGCAUGGGAAAAUAGAGCCAAUUUUCUGAUUACAAAGAAUCACAUAUACAAAAACUUGGUUAUUGGUUUUCCAUUGUCCCCUA